CUGUUAGUUCUUUAGGAACUGUGUUCGUUGUCUUACGUUAUUUCUCCUUGUCUCCUCACCAGUGGAGAAUACUGCCUUAAUAUUUCAUGAACAGAACAGCCAUAAUAUUUCUCACUCCGGCCAUCUUGUAGCUGUUUUCUGCAUGUGAAGAAAAGGAAUGCAGAAAACAGAAUUCCCCAUGAAGCUACGCUGUAUUGUAAAUGUGCAGAUGAGGGGAUGGAAGAAUGAAAAGAACAAAGAGAGAAAAAGAGACGGCUGGCCAUAACCCCAUGAACCUGAGACAAUGCCUUCCUUGAUAACCACUCUAUUCCAAAAUGCCAGGCACUAGCUAUUGCCCUUCAAGCUUCCUUCUCAGACAAAAUGACCAAACUGUCCCAAUCAAUCUUGCUUGUUGCCCUUUCUCUUUUGUCCCAAAACAAAGGACAAGGGAAAUGAACCGAGAGCCAUUCUCAGAAGGCUGCAAGGACAAUGUGGUAAAUCUAUCGGGUGGUCUAAUGCUCUUGUCAUAGGGCUGUUAUGUACCAUUAACUUGGCUAAGACGAACAAAUAAAGUGAACAAAGCGCAAUCGAGCCAAGGAAUAAAGAUUAAACGAAAAAAAAGGCGACACGAAGCUUAGAAUCAAAGUUAAACAUAGUAUCACAAACAAAGCUGCCCACAUGAACCGUGAAAGCUUGUCAUUGUGCUGGCACAGUUUGUAAGUAUGAGUUACGGCUAGCUUUUUUUGUGACUAUGUCUGGCACAGUCUGCAAAUACAAGCCAUGCAAGGAAGAUUUCUCUUUGCAAUAGCCAGCAGGAAGAAGAAAUCAAAAUAUUCUCUUCCAUUCGACUCUUUUAAAUCUGCAAUGCAGAGAGAAGAUGCUAAGCAAUAUACAUUGAAAGAUCAUAAUUUUGACUGAGGGUUCAUCUUCAUACACUGAUACAUCAUAUGGUCUAUUGCUCUCUCUUGACAUGGUGAUAUUGCAGCUUUCUGGUCCCACCCCUGUAAAUCCCCAAGCAAAGUUCUCCAUCCUUGAAUUGGCUCAUAGUAGUCGAAAGCAUUUAACAACUUUAUCUUCUUUCUCUUUGCCAAGUUUGUUCAUAUCCAAUUCUCAGCAACCUCAACACCCCAUAUCCUCAUUCUCUCCAGUAAAUCAGAGUGUUGCAGCUAUUGUAUUUGGAGACGGAUCAGAGUCAAGACUCUAUCCAUUGACAAAGAGAAGAUCAGAAGGAGCCAUUCCGUUAGGAGCAAAGUACAGAAUCGUUGAUGCAGUUAUCAGCAACUGUAUUAACAGUAACAUAAACAAGAUAUAUGCUCUAACACAAUAUAACUCUACUUAUCUCAAUUCUCACCUCUCAAGAGCAUAUUCUGGCUUAGGCCUUGGAAAAGAUGGGUUUGUUGAAGUUAUUGCAGCAUAUCAGAGUCUUGAAGAGCAAGGCUGGUUUCAGGGAACUGCUGAUGCUAUAAGAAGGUGCUUGUGGGUACUGGAAGAGCACCAAGUGUCCGAGUUUCUUGUCCUUCCUGGCCACCAUCUCUACAGAAUGGACUACCAGAAACUAGUAGAAGUCCAUCGAAGAAGCCAGGCUGAUAUAACAAUUGCAGCUUUGAAUUCAACAAGAGAUCAAGACCCAGGUUUUGGCACCUUAAAAGUGAAUUCAGUAAAUGAAGUUGCAGAGUUCCACGUGAAGUCAGAGAGGGAGCCAAUGAUUGUCCCUUCGGCUCAAAGUUCCCAAGCAUUCAAUGAUAAUGCUUAUAGGAAGUUAUCAAGCAUGGGGAUCUAUCUUGUUAAUAGAGAUAUUAUGACAAAGCUUCUAAAUGAAUACUUCCCCCAGGCAAAUGAAUUCGGAACUGAAGUGAUACCUGGCGCAAUUUCGAUUGGAAUGAAGGUUCAAGCUUAUGCAUUUGAUGGAUACUGGGAGGACAUGAGUAGCAUUUCAGCAUUUUAUCAAGCAAACAUGGAAUGCAUAAAGGGAUUAAACAUGGGAUACAACAGCUUCUACGAUAAAGAUGCUCCUCUAUACACCAUGCCUCGCUAUCUGCCUCCAUCUACUAUAAUUGAUGCUGUCAUAACAGACAGUGUGGUUGGAGAUGGUUGCAUCCUUAAUAGGUGCAAGAUAAAAGGAACAGUUCUUGGUAUGAGGACAACCAUUGGAGAAAAGGCCAUCAUUGAAGAUUCAGUCAUCAUGGGCUCUGAUAUCUAUCAAAAAGACUAUAUCCAAAGGAGUAGCAAGGAGGGCAUGGCAGUUCCGAUAGGAAUUGGUGAUGAGACUCACAUAAAGAAAGCUAUUAUAGAUAAGAAUGCAAGGAUUGGCAGAAAUGUAAUGAUUAUUAACAAAGACAAUGUGCAAGAAAGCAACAGGGAGGCCAAUGGCUACAUAAUCAGUGGAGGAAUAGUGGUGGUUCUAGAGAGUGCAGUGAUCCCAGAUGGCAGCAUUUUAUGAUAUGUUUGAACGUUGAACAACAUGAUUAUCAUUCUUUUAUUUCUCAAUUUGAUUAAAACAAAAUGUAUACUGACAUUUUUUGGAGGAGUGAGUGAUCUCUAUGCCACUUGGAAUGUCAUUCAACAUGCAAUUGACAAUAAAAUUUAAUUCUUUCAGUGAUUUUCUACA